ACAGUUCUAAUAUUCUAGUCUCAUCUGGCUGCAAAACAGUUCUAAUAUUCUAGCCUAAUCUGGCUGGUUGCUGCAAAACAGUUCUAAUAACCUAGUCUUCUCGUCUGGUUGCAAAACAGUUUUAAUAUUCUAGCCUCGUCUGGCUGAAAAACAGUUCUAGUCUUCUCGUCUGGUUGCAAAACAGUUCUAAUAUUCUAGUCUAAUCUGGUUGGUGGCUGCAAAAUAGUUCUAAUACUCAUCUCAUCUGGCUGCAGAAGAAUUCUAAGGGUUGUCUAGGGUUUCCAGUUAUAAACAGGGUUGUAAAAAGACAAUAGAAGGUAUGUCGAAGAAUCUGUAUAGGCAUGCCUCAGGGGCUGCUAAAAGGAGAAAGAAAAAUAAAGAGCAAAAAGAGACAGUAAAACAAAAGACGUAUAUGCAAUCUUUUUUAGUACCAAAGCAUCAGCUUGUUCAGCCUGAUGGUGAUGAACAAGGAACAAGUUUCACCACAAGUAUAGAUAGUACUGCAGCGCAUCCUAAUGCUACAAAUACAUAUGCUGUCUCUAUCUCCAAUUUGGAGCAAGGAGUAAUUCCUUCUGCUCAUCAUAAAUCCAGCAAAAGCCGUGUAGAUUCUAAUACACCUCAGCCUGAUGAACAAGGAACAAGUUGCUCCAUAAGUCAAGUUGCUGACACUGAUCAAACUAUAGUAAGCCGUGCAUUACAUCCUAAUGAUGAUGAUGAAGUCGUCAUCCAGUCAUCCAGUCAUGCUGUUUGUACUAUAAUCACCAAAAGCACUAGAGAUACAGAAGUAGCUACUAUGGUGCAAAGCCCAUUGACCAUGGACUAUGAAGAAACUGGAGAUUAUGCCCCAGUUUCCCAAUCCCAGCAGUCCAUAUCUGCUAUACCAGAAAUUACAACAACUUCAAAUGCUAUCAAAAAUAUCAUUAAGAGUUACUCUAAUGAUCCUGCUGAGUGGGGAAGUAACAUUUCUGAAGAUUUGCGUGAAUAUUUUUCUAAGAAUCAAAUUCAAAAUAAGUAUGUGGACUACUCUGCAUCUAAAAGAACAUAUACUGAUAUUACAAGGUAUCUGACUAAAGAACUAUUCAUACGGAAAAGAAAUAAUGCUGAAUGUAUUACUCGUGAUUGGAUGAUCUACUCACCCUCAACAGGAACUAUAUUCUGUGUGCCGUGUAAACUUUAUAGUAGUUUGUCUCAUGCCCUUGCAACAUCGGGCUUUAAUGACUGGAAAAAUGCUGCUGCAAGAUUAAGGGAGCAUGAGAAUUCACCUGAUCAUCGCAAGUGUGUUUUCAUAUUCACAGACAGGGCAAACCCUGAAUGCCGAAUAGACCGCGCUCUUAUUGAACAAGAAGUUCAUGAACAGAAGUACUGGCGGGAAGUUUUAAGAAGGGUUGUCGAUGUUGUAAAGUUCCUUGGUGAACGUGGCUUACCAUUCAGGGGAACUGAUGAGCUAUUUGGAUCCCCACAGAAUGGGGCAUUUCUGGGAAUACUAGAGCUUAUUGCUAAAUAUGACCCAUUUCUUGAGCAGCAUAUAAAGAAGUAUGGUGGCGGGUCAGGCAGAGGGGUAAGCAACUACAUGUCAUCUACCAUAGUAGAGGAGUUCAUCGAGUUAAUGGGAAAUAAAGUUGCUCAAGUAAUAGUGCAAGAGCUAUACACUGCCAAAUAUUUUUCUUUAAUUGUAGAUUCCACACCAGAUCUCAGUCAUGUUGAUCAGCUAGCAAUUGUACUACGUUAUGUUAACAAAGAUGGGCCUGUGGAACGGUUACUGGGGUUUGUUCCAAUCUAUUCUCAUACAGGAGAACAUCUUGAAAAUACUGUGUUGUCAUUCCUGGCUGUAUUGAAAAUUAAUAUUCAGGAUUGCAGAGGCCAAAGCUACGAUAACGCUAGCAAUAUGUCUGGCAGAUACAAUGGAUUGCAAGCUAGAAUUCGUGCAAUCAAUCAGUUGGCAUAUUAUGUGCCUUGUUCUGCACAUUCACUGAAUUUGGUUGGAACAUGUGCUGCAGAAUCCUGUCUUAAAGCAGCUACAUUUUUUAAUCUAUUGGAGUGCAUCUAUGUUUUUUUUUCUUCAUCCACUCAUCGAUGGAACAUUCUUAAAAAUGAGCUUUGCAAAGCUCCUGGAAAUCUUUCUGUAAAAGGUCUGUCUGGCACAAGAUGGGCUGCUCGUUCUGAUGCUACUAAAGCACUGAGAAUCGGUUUUCAGUAUGUGAAAAAUGCUCUCAGAGAAUUAGAGUCGUCUGAUCACCAAGUAAGAGUCCAACAUGAGGCAAAGUCCUUAUUGGGAAAACUCAACCACUUUGAAACCGCCAUUCUUCUUGUGGUGUGGGGAAACAUCUUAGAAAGGCUAAAUGCGACUAGUAAAACUUUACAAAACACCAAAAUCUGUCUUUCAGAAGUAGUCAUACUUUAUAACUCAUUGAUUGCAUAUGUGCAAAUAAUUAGGGAUUCAUUUGACACAUAUGAACUAGAAGCUAAAAAGCUAACUAGAGACCAUACAUAUGCAGGAGAAGGAAAACGGCUUAAAAAACGCAAAACAUUUGCUGAUGAAUCACCAUUUGAUGAUGUUAACCAACAUAUGUCAGCAAGAAACAAAUUUAUCACUGAAACAUUCUAUGUAUUAACAGAUUCUCUUAUUGCAGAGCUUAAAAGAAGGAAUCAGUGCUAUGAAUGCUUGAAUAACCGUUUUGAUAUUUUUAAUACAAACUUGCCAAUAUCAGAUUUACGCAGCUCUGCAGACAAAUUGCAAAAAAACUACCCAGAGGAUCUCGAAGACUGUUUUACAGAAGAAUUUUUACAAUUUUCUGCAUUGAUACCCCAGGAAUCCAUGGUGUGCCCAAUGGCAAUGAGGCAAUAUAUAAUUGCCAGGGACUUGCAAAAAACAUUUCCAAAUACUGAAACCUUGCUACGUAUGUUUUUAUGCAUGUCUGUAACCAAUGCCAGUGGAGAAAGAUCAUUUUCCUGUUUGAAAAGGAUAAAAAAUGAAAGAAGAACUACCAUGGGCCAAGAAAGGUUAUCAGCCCUUUCUUUGCUAGCUGUGGAAUCCGCUUUAGUCAGACAACUUGACUUUGAUGACAUUGUGGAUUCUUUUGCUAAGCAAAAAGUACGUAAAGUUAAUUUGUAAUUGUUAGCUGCUCAGCAAACAGUACAAGGCUUGGUACACAAGUCAUGAAAUCCCUUCACCAGCUUCUUUAUUUCUAAAUGUUGAAAUUCUAAUUCAUUGUCUCAUAUGGCUGCAAAAUAUUU